AUGACUGUUUCUCUGUUAAGAUAUGCGAACAUCGACGAGACUCAAUUUGAGUCUAACCAAGGAGUGACGGAAGCAUUUGAUAAAGUAACAAGAGAGACAGUCAUCGUCAAAGCAAUUCUUCUGCGAGGCCCGGACCAUGCAAACACCACGAGACAAGAAGCUUCAACUCUUCAGGAGCUCAAUCAUGCUAACAUUGUUCGGUUCGUCGACUUUCUCGAUCAACAAUCUUUCAAAUGGGCAUUUGGAAAAAUGAGUUUUAUUAUCAUGGAAAACUGUGCUGGCGGUAAUUUAGAAAAUUGGAUAAAUAAGAUAAGACUUGCUGGGCGAAUGCCUACGAAAGAAGAAGUGAAACUCUUGGGUGCCCAAAUUAUUUCCGGACUAAGCUAUUGUCACCAUAAGAAAAAGCUUCACCUUGAUUUGAAGCCUGCAAAUAUUUUUCUUCUAGCCGAUUUCCUAACAAUAAAAAUCGGCGAUUUUGGGAGUGCACUCUCAAUCAAAUCAGUGAAACAAUCUUUAACAUCAACAUCUCCAGAUGCCAUUAGAAGCACGCCUCUUUACGCUGCCCCUGAAUUCUACACAGACGAAGAUGUAAAAAAAUCACCGAGAAUGGAUGUGUGGGGUUUUGGACUUAUAUUGCAGGAAUUGGCGACUCUGGAGCAUGCUUUUGGCCGUGUUAAUGGUCGACCAGCUUUGAUGACACAAAUUCAGACGAAUAUACAAAUUGGAAACCGCGUUUCUCUAUUUGAAAUCUUUGGGGAAAGUGACGAAUAUGAGGAGCUUGAGAAUCUUAUUGCUAAAUGCACUCAUCUUGAUCGCAAAAGCCGCUUCAGAAAUGCUAUUGACCUUCGUUAUGAAGCUAUUUUUGGGGAUUUCUUGAGGCGUAUUGAAAAUGGUGAACAACCAGCAAGAAUUGUCCCUUGCCCGUUUCCAAACGCAGAUGAAGAAGCUCAGAAGCGCAGAGUAGAUAAUUUUCAAAAAGACGAUUCAAAUGAAGAGUUACAAAAUCAAAAUAAGGAGUUAAUGCUCGAAAAUAAAAUAUGCAAAAAAAUUAUGAAAGCGAUGAUAAAGCGAACUGAUAUGAAAGAUGGAAAAGACACAGUUAGAAUUCGAAUUGUCUCGGGCUUGGAGUUUGCAAUUGCAAUCAAAAUGUCAAACAGCAUUUCUUUUCUUAAAGAGAAGAUCAACGAAAGAACAGGAAUUAAUACUUGUGAUCAAUUGCUGAUUUUUGGUGGAAAGUCGCUCUGUCGUGAUGCUAGUUUGUCCAAAUAUGCAAUCAAAGAUGGAUCUGUCAUUCAUUUAUCUAUCAGACCAGAAAUAUAUUUAAAGCAGAUUAAUGGGAAAAUCAUUAGAUUUCAAUUGGAUAAGGAAAUAAAAUUAACUGACGCCGUGCACACUCUAAAAAAACUUGUCGAGGAAAUAGAAGGAAUACCACCUGCUGGGCAAACGCUGAUUUAUAAUGGGAUAUAUCUUCCUGAUACUUUAUCUUUACUGGAUGCGAAAAUUGAAGAAGAUUCUGAAAUUUGGCUUAUUCUAAAGAGAGAAGAAUCUAUCUUUCUAUCUGUAAAAUUUGUUGAUGGGGAAAAAAUCGAAUUAAAAAUCGGCGAGAAAAUCGAAUUGACCGACACUGUUCUUACUCUCAAAAACCGAAUCAGAGAAGAAUCGAGAAAAAGAACCGGUUUUAUUCAGCUGAUUUGGUGUGGAAGAGUUCUUGAUGAUAGUACUAUUCUAUCCUAUGCAAAAAUUGACCGUGGAUCAACAAUUCAUGCUGUUUAUCGCGAAAGAACGUAG